AUGCUUUCAGUUGAUCAACUUGUUGAAGCUUCCGAUGAAGUCUUUUGCAUUGAUAACGAAACUCUUUAUGAUAUAUGCUUCCGUACACUUAAGCUUACAAAUCCAACAUAUGGAGAUCUCAACCAUUUGGUUUCAAUGGUCAUGUCUGGAACUACUUGUUCCCUCAGAUUCCCAGGUCAGCUCAACUCAGACCUCCGAAAACUUGCUGUAAACCUUGUUCCAUUCCCACGUUUACAUUUCUUCGUAGUUGGUUUUGCUCCGCGUUAUUCACGUGGAUCACAACGAUACAUUUCCAAUUCGGUUUGUGAGAUUUCAUCUCAACUUUUCGAUGCAAAGAACCUAAUGGCAGCAUGUGAUCCUCGCAGAGGUGUUUUCUUUACUGCCUCUGCACAUUUUCGUGGCCGCAUUUCCCCACUGACAGUCGAUGAGCAAUUAGCAUGCAUUCAAUCACGUAAUUCAUCAUAUUUUGUUGAUUGGAUACCAUCAAACUUCAAAUCAGCAAUUUGUGACAUACCACCACCAGGUCUCAAAGUGGCGGCGACAUUCAUUGGAAACACCACAGCAUUUUGUGAUCUUUUCAAAAGGGUCGAUUCUCAAUUCCAAAAGAUGUAUUCACGUCGAGCUUUUGUUCAUUGGUUCGUUAAUGAAGGCUUAGAUGCUGUGGAAUUCGAUGAAGCACGUUCUAACAUGGCUGAUCUAAUACAGGAAUAUGAAAUGUACGAAACAGCUGGCAUAGAACAGCAAGAAAGCGAAGAAAACGAAUAA